CACCACUGCUGCGCUGGGGGGGCGCGGUUGCCAUGGCGGCAGGGCUGGGACGCCGAGGCCUAGCACAGGCCCAGGGCCCUGCGCUUCUUCUCCGCGGCUGCUGCUGAUUCCUGCGAUCCCCGCGGCUCCCUCCGGUUCCUCAGCACUCCCGGAGACCGCCGGGCUCGGGGCUACUGUGGCGGCCCCUCUCCAGCAGCCUGGUUCCCUCCAUCCCAGCCUUGGUGACCCAUCGGUGCCCGGCCUGGUGGCCGCGGUGUUCCCAGGCCGCGUCCCCCAGGCCGCCCCGUCCCGCCCCGCAGCAUGGCGCACCUCCUGGGCCACCGCGGCUGCAUGGAGAGCCUGCGGGCCGACCUGCGGGACCUGCAGGCCGCCAUCGCCGACGUGUGCUCCCGGGCGGGCGCCGUGCGCUUCCCCUCCUGGAAGUUCCCCGACAGGGUGUCCUGCGAGCUGGACAUCCCAGUGCUGCUGCAGCGCUACAGGCACAGCGACAGCGAGCCCGAGUUCAGCCAGCACGCACACGUGGUGCUGCUGGAGCUGCUCAUAGACAGGCUGCUGCUGCUGCUGCAGAGCUCCACGGGCUACGCGGAGACGCUGCUGAGCGGGCGGGCGGUGCCGCCGGCGCGGGGCCUGGGGCCCUGCAUGUCCGCGGGGCUCACGGCCAGGACCUUCUGGAGCACCAUGCUGAAACUCGGGGCCUUCUGCCAGCAGCUCCGCGACCAGGAGAAGGAUUGCAGGUGGAAGAUCCCCACACAGCAGUCCACUCCACCCUCUGCUCCCCAGUCUGGGAAACAUCAGAAGGAGCACCUGAAAUGCUUCUUGCCAGAUGUUUUGGAGUCAGGAACUGCCCCAGAGGCUGCCCAGUCCACUUCUGUGUGUCCAAGUGUCCGUGUGCUGGGCAGCUCAGGCAGCUCCCAGCCUGGGGCUGGCCCCAGCCUGGCUCAGAGCACCCACAGUGUCUCCACGCAGACCCCAGGGUCACCCCUGGGUUCCUGUGACGCCUGCUCCAGCACCCAGGCCAGCCUCCACGAGGUGGGCAGAGCCAUCACCAGCAUCUGUCAGAGCCAGAACAUCCCUUCAGCUCUCAGCAAAUUCCAGGAGGUGCUGGAGGACAGCGCAGGGACAAGGAACCUCUCUGCGAAAGACGUGAGCUACUUGGCCUCAGAGCAGAGCAAGGACCUCUCCCGGAUCAACAAACACCUCCAGGGGCUGCUGCAGCAGGUGAACCCCCUGAAGGCUGAGCUGGAAGAGACAGGCAAACAGAACAAGAAGCUGCAGAAACAGGUUGAGGACUUUUCCAGGAAGCUGCAGGUAGAGAAGGACACCCAAGCAGAGCAGCAGAGGAGGGCUGAGCAGAGCCUGAAAGCCAAGGACAGGGAGCAUUCCGAGACUGUGGCCAGGCUGGAGCAGGACAAGGAUGACCUCCGGAGAGGAGCUGCUCUGCUGGAGGAGCGACUCUCGGCCCUGAAGGAGGAACUGGCAGCGAAGCAGGUGGCUGUGCAGGAGCUGGAGCUCUCCAAGGCCACCUUGCUGGAGGAGAUGAGGACCACCAUGGUGGCCCGGAGCCAGGUGCUGGAGUUGGAGGAGAAGGUGCAGGUGCUCACAGGCCAGAGGGACAGCCUGGACCAGGAGCUGAGUGCCACCAGCAUGCAGCUGGAGAAGGAGAAGGUCCGUGUGGAGAGCAUGCUCCAGCAUGAGCAGUCCCUGCAGGCUAAGCAGAGGACCCUGCUGCAGCAGCUGGACAGCCUGGACCAGGAGCGUGAGGAGCUGCAGGCCAGCCUGGCACAGGCCGAGGAGGACAAGGCCCGGCUGGCGGAGCAGCUGGAGCAGAGCCAGGAGCAGAGUGGGAAACAGCUCCAGGCACAGCAGGAGCUGCUGGACACGCUGCAGCAGGAGAAGCUGGCACUGGAGCAAUCCAUCCUGGAGCUGCAGGCAAACACGUCCCGGCUGGAGGAACAGGCACGGGAGCUGAAGGAGCGGGAAAGGCUCCUGGUGUUCUUCCCUGAUCUCCACAUCCCCACUGAGAUGCAGUUUGAGAGCAGUGGGAACUUGACAGAGGACAUGGAGAGUCAGCUCCAGGCCAACAUCAUCCGGAUCGAGGUGCUGGAGCGGGAGAAUGCACAGCUCCAGGCUCUGCUCGCCAAGGUGAAGGCAGCAGCUGAGCAGGGCGUGCUCAAGCUCGUCCCGCAGGCCCAGCUGGGGUCCCAGCUCCACAGGGAGGCUGGCAGGCAGGACACUGGGUGGCUCAGCAGCGGGAGCAGCAGGGGCAGCACGGGGAUGCCAGCAUGCAUUGACAAGGCCUGGCAGGGUGCUCCCAGCAGCCAGCACUCCAAGCAGCUCCGGGCAGAGCCCACAUUCCAGGCCAAACCCAGCCUAACGCUCCCAGUGCGGCGCCUGGGGCUUGGCCUCCCCUCACCCCACACCAGGGUUCACCGCAAAUAAACACGGAUCCGUGUGAA